AUGGCCGCCUUCGGUGAGGCUCCUCGUUUAGACGCUAACCCACUGGCAUUCGUUUUGAAGGCAGCGCAGAUAUACCCCGACAAGCUCGCUAUCGCGCAUCCUGACGUCGAGCAACCCGUCUUCUACUCAUACGGUGUUUGGGCUCAGCGGAUCCAGAACCUUGCAUAUGCCCUCAAACAUCGAGGAAUUCAACCAGGGGAUAGAGUCGCCGUCAUUGCCCCGAACUGCCCUCUGAUCGCAGACGCCCACCAAGCCACCCUCGCCGCGCGCUGCAUCAUCACCCCGAUCAACACCCGCCUCACCCGACCCGAGGUCUCCUACAUCCUCCAGCACUCCGGCGCGAGGCUGAUCCUCAUCGACCGCGAAUACCUCCACCUCCUCGACGGCCCCGAAGGCAAUCCUCUUGGCGCGCAGGUCGUCGUCAGUCAUGAUAGCGGCCGCGCAGGCGACCCCUACGAGGAAUUCCUCAAGGAGGGCCGGAGGGCGAGCGGCGAGAGAGGCUGGCCUGGACUGGAAGUGGAGACCGACGAGGAUGCGGGCGCCGCGUUGUGCUAUACAUCUGGUACUACGGGACGUCCUAAAGGCGUCCUUACUACCCUGAGAGGCUCAUACUUGGCUGCUAUCGCAAAUGCCUUCGAAACUCGGAUGAACAUCGAUUCGACGUACCUAUGGAUUCUACCCAUGUUCCACGCGUCCGGAUGGACGUACCCCUGGGCGGCGACCUUCGCGAUGGCCACCCAACUCACCAUACGCACGGUCUCCUACCCCCUCAUAUGGAAACACUUCCUCCACUCCGGCGUGACGCACUACUGCGGCGCGCCGACCGUCCAGAUUGGUAUCGUGAACGACCCCGCGGCGCGACGUUUGCGCGAGCCCAUAUCCGCUAUCGUCGCGGGCUCGGCGCCGACCGCGCACCUUAUCGGCGAGCUCACCAAACUGCACAUCAACCCCGUCCAUGUGUACGGCAUGACAGAGACCUACGGGCCGUUCACGCGUAAUUACUUCCAGCCGGAAUGGGCCGCGCUUUCGCUAGAGGACCGGGCGAAGUUCAUGGCCAGACAAGGGCAUCAGUUCGCCACCGCCUUGGAAGUGCGUGUGGUAUACCCGCCUGCAGAAGGCUCCAGCCUGGACGAUGCGCUCGUCGACGUGCCCAAGGACGGCAAGACCGUGGGCGAGAUCGUCACUAGGGGUAACAUCACCAUGAAAGAGUACUUCCGCGACCCUGAGGCGACGCGCAAAGCGUUCCGUGGCGGAUGCUUCAACUCGGGCGACCUUGCGGUGAUGCACCCGGACGGGUCGAUCGCCAUCUUAGACAGAAGCAAGGACAUCAUCAUCUCCGGCGGAGAAAACGCCAGCAGCCUCGCGAUAGAACAAGAGCUGUCGACCCACCCGCACGUCCUGGAAGUGGCCGUCGUCGCCCGUCCGCAUCCCAAGUGGGGCGAGCGUGCCAUGGCGUUCGUGACGCUGAAGCCGGACCAUGUCAAGACGUGGCUCGGCAAGCACGAUCAGUUCGAGGUCGAGCUCAAGAAGCACGCGCGAAGCCGCCUGCCGGGUUUCGCCUGCCCCGAGUGGGUGCGCGUCGUCAGCGAGCUGCCCAAAACCUCCACCGGCAAGAUACAGAAGAUGGUGUUGCGGAAUAAGGCCAAGCUGUGAUCGAUUAUUAAGCGUCCUCUCUACUUUUUGCUUAGCUAAAGUACACCGGAGCCGGAGGUUGGUGGGGGUAUGCGAAGGGUGGAGGAGGGAUGCAUCAUGGGGCACAUAUGCUUCUGGGAUGUAACAACACGAUUCACGAAUAUAAACUACGAUUUUCUAUAGUCCUCAACUACGGUCAUACUUAGGGAAAGCGGGGACCAUUUCCAUCGCCGUCGUCAUGCUGCGUCGGGCCCGAGACGAAGCACGCGGAACGAGCCCGCCUUGCGCUCGCAGAGGUAAACGUCGUCCUCCCGCCGGCCGAUGAAGAAAACCUCCUCUGUUAGACCGUGAUCGUGCUCCGGGUCCAGCCCGGCGCCGAAGUCGCUCUUGCCCGGCGAUCUGCCGGGCAUCAUGCUCGCGCGCCUGUUGCCCUGCGUCGCAGGUGCGCUGCGAGGGCGCGAAGCCACCGGCGCGGCACCCCCGCUCGCCGACGCCAGCGGCGUUCCAAUCCGCCACACGAACGGCCGGCGCCGAUUCGUGCUCGCGUCCGGCGGGUUGAACUGCGGCAGGACCGGGCGCGAGUCGUCCGCGGGCUUGAGGAGCGCGUCGGCGAGGUCGACGGCCUCGAGCCCACCGUGCCGCAUCGCGACGAGCACGGAACGCUCGCGCAGGUCAAACGCCUCGAGACGACGGACGUCGCCCAGCCGGCCGAUGGUGAACGUGUCUUCCUCGUCAUCGCUCCACCGGAAGCGGCCUUUGAUCACAGACCGGCCGCGUGCGUCGACGAUGGUGGUGCUGUGCCCGCCUCGAGACGAGUAGAAGAGAGCUGGAGGUCCGAAGUGCCGCGGCUGAGCGAGCAGCGAGAUCGGGGCAAGUAGAGGCUUGGCGUUUUCGACCGUGGGUAAGGCGACGUUCAGAGGAGGUGGAGGGGUCCGGAACGGAUGGGAGGGGUCAACGCUUUGCAGCCGCAAGUCCUUGAGUAGGAUGUACUCUUCUUGACUCUCCGGCCUGACGGGAAGGUCCGGAGGCAGCAUACCGUCCUUGUACCACGAUUGCAUGAGAGUAGAUUUCCAUGGUCCAUGCACCUUACCCGUCGGGUCACGAUAAAACCACUUCAACGGAGCCUCGGGAGCAGGGACCGGCAGACCCGGAGGAGAACUAUGAUCGCGCAAGCCAUUAUCAAGUAUACCAUCCGCAGACGGACCCUCGACAGCGUCCGGUUCGUGACUCCGCUUGUAGUUCAAGAAGGCGGGAUAGGUUGGUGGGAUGAUGUAGUCAUCAGCGAUGGCAGCUAAGGGGAAUUGCGGGGCAAAUGACAACUGCUGGAAGGUCGUGAAAGGGCCCAUCUGAGCUGUUGCUAAGGCCAGCAACUCCUCAGACGCGAGAGUGGAGCCAUUGUUGGGUGUAGUGGUCCCGUCUCCCGGCGCCCCUUCCGUGGGCGUUUCUGGCGGACGCAUGCUAGCCGGGGGUCCAGACGAAGGAACUGCAUCCGCGACAAGAACAUCGUCUCCCGACGGCGACGGACUCUCGACAGCGACCCCGAUCGUGACGUUGACACCGGUAUCAGCAGUCUCGUCCUCGCCGGGGGCAGCAGGAUCAGCGUCCGUAUCAUUCGUGCGAUUUUCUCGGGCCCUACGUCGAGCAGCACGACGCUCAGCACGGCCGAUCCUGACCUCCCGAACACGGACAGUGGCAGGUUCCAGUCCAAACACGUUCUGCGAGAAUACAAGGAACACCUCGACGAGGUCAUCGCCUUGCAGUUGCAGCUCCAGUGAUCGAGGAGAGUCUGGCAGAAUGAACGUGCGAGACAAGCCCAGCGCCGUUCGAUAUGUACCGGCGAAGAGCUCGACCUUCUCGCCAUUGUCUCCGCAGAGAAUAGCCAAGAAGCUCUUCUUGGCCGUUUCCACGGCCUUGAUGAGAACGGAUCCCUUAGUACCAGGGAGCUUGACAUACUCCAGUUUUGGCGCAGGAGCGGUAUGUUGCGGAGCGAUCACGCUGUUCUUGUCAGCAUGAGACCUGAGAGCCGCGGCCGCAGCAUUAUCUUCCCGCCGCGGGUGAAGAGCGCUGUUGAGGAACCGAGUUAUCCUGCUAUGCGAUGAAGACGAUGAUGCUGUUGGGAUGGCGGGGGCUGGAGGUAACGGGAGCGCCUCCGCGGACGAUGAUGCAAAUACCCUUGUUUGUGCAGCUUCAAGAGAAUUCGCAGAAACAGGCGUCGGAUUGGUGUGAGACAUGUACCGCCGGAGUCCAUUCGUGCUGGUGUCAGGCACUUGCGUCAUUUCCGGGGACUGAGGACGUGUCGCAGAUGGUACUGCGUCCGAUCUGGUUUCCGCCGCAGGAGCGACCGGCGGCUGAGCGUUAUUCGACGGCCCGGAAAAGAUGCCAUCCAAAACCGACCACCUGCGCCUUCGCCUUGCCGCAGCUGUCGAGGUGCCACCGACGCUUCUCCUGGUCUGGAAAGAGUGCGCGUCAGAACUGCGCGGACUUGCCGGCGGGUCCUCGUCAGGGGGAGCAACAGUAUGUGAACCGAUGAGAAUGGGCUGCUGAGGUCGACGCGUACCCGCAGGAGGCAAGUCCGGCCUCCUGCUCUCGAACAGAGCCUGUGCCAGCGAAAUGCGUUCACCACCGACGGGGGCGGCUUGAUCGUCAUCCUCAUCACCUUCUGCAUCGGGAGUGCCUGGUCCCUCAUCCCCACCCAUCUGGGCGGCCAACGAGUUCAUUGUCGACGCGCCGCGCAUAGUCACAGGUGGAGACUGCGCGAGGGCCUGGCGGAGGGUCAUCAAAGUGGGGGAGGGAGAAGGCUGCGGUGGAGGAAUGCUGUUCAUGCGCGUGACACUAAGAUCCAAGUUGGCAGGCCGGUUAUUUCGGCGGAUACUGCUGGUGGUGGGUUCCCGAGGUGUGAGCUGGAUAGUGGACACCGGAUCUCGCGGUGGCGAAGCCGGAGAACCUUGCCCUUGCGCUUGUGCACUAGUUCGCUCAUCGAGGAGCUGACUCCCGCUAGGCGCCGCAACAAGGUCGAUCGCUUCAUCAUCGCUGGAAUGGCGACCAUCGGCCCAAUCGCCGGAUUUCUCGUCUCUAUUAUCCGGACGCUCCGCUUCGCCGCUUGCACGUCUCGGCGGACCCUGCAUGACUUCGCUUACCGAAGUCCUACGACGACUGAAAACUACAGCUCCGGGCGGGCGUAAUGUGGAAGGACCGGAAGGCGGAGGCGGGGAAGUCUGAUAUGCGGGCGGAGGAUCUGAUGGUACAGGAGGUAUUGGCGGCAGAGAAUGAGAGGGUAAUCGUGGUGGGGGAGUCUGAGAGCGUAGACGCGCGGGAGGGGUCUUUGGUCGUCUUGGCUGAGUCGGGGGUCGAGGUGUCGGAGGAACAGGAAUAGUAGAAGCGGAUGACGCGGACGCCUUCCGUGAAAGCUUGGCCCUAGAAGCUUUCUCAGGGCCGGAGAUCGAAGAACUACGAGGUUUCGUGGGCCGUUGGUUCGCCAAGGCACCACUCUUCUCAGCCGCCAGCUGCUCAUUCCUGGCCACCAACGUCGCCCUCUUGGCCUCUUCUCUGCGUUUCCUCUCAGCCUCCCUACGUAUCUCCACGUCCAUACGCCAUUCAAUCGCCUUCUUCACCUCGUCCAGCGCAUAUACUCGCACCCCGUCUCUCCGCCCCGCGAUAGC